CCACCACGUUGCUGUCACAGAAAAAUCGAAGAAUCCCCACUUCCAUGGAUCCUCUGAAGAAGCUUAAUCUCUGUUUUUUAGCUGCAUCUCUGUUUUUCGCCGCAGCCCAAGGAUACGCCGUCGUCACCGGCACCGUCUUCUGCGAUCAGUGCAAAGAUGGCCAAAUUUCCCUGUUCGAUUACCCCAUUAACGGAGCUAAAGUGAUGGUGGCUUGUGGGGACGGCAAUGGGGGAGUGACAUAUUCGAGAGAAGAGACUACGAAUUUGUUUGGGAGCUUCACGAUGAGAUUCGACGGGACGCCGGAUCUUAGCGGCUGUUACGCGGCGGUCGGUGGGACGGCGACGGGCUGCGGCGGAGCGGUCGGACCGGCGAAGAGUCUCAGACUGAUGUUUAGGAUGUUUGACAUGGAAAUGUAUGUGGUCGAUUCCUUGAUUUCUCAGCCUGCUCUGCCAAUGCCGUUUUGUUCGCCGUCGGUUAAUCCGGUCCCGGCGCCGGUCACCGUACCUCCGCCGUCAUCGCCUCCGCCUCCUCCUCUCAGACUGCCGCUGCUUCCGCCGUUGCCGCCUGUGCCGUUCUUGGAAGCUUCUGCUUGUCAACAUGAGAACUGGACAAAUCCAGAUUACAGAUGCUACUGGAGGGCAGUGAACCCAGAGACAAAAGUAGGCGUUAUUUUUGGACCAGUGGCGGCGAACCGUUACGGGACGGAGGUGACCCUAUGGAACGGGCUACAGGGCAGAGGAGACCCUUACAGGACACUGUUAAGGGAGGCCAUAACGGCGUUCCUUAAUUCCUACAAUUCCCUCCACUACCCCUACCCUACAAUUUCGGUCCUCCAACGCAUGAAUUGGGCCUUGUUGGGCUCUCCACGGGCCGUCCUCAUCACUGCCCUUCGAUUCAAACGGGCCAAUUCCGGCUCUCCCCACCUCACCUGCAAAUUCCAUCCUUGCCAAUAAUAUCCAUCUCUUCCAUUUAUUUAAUUACUCAUAAAUAUUCUAAUUAUGAUCUUGACUGAUGACUCUCAUUUUAGUUUCUAAAAUUUGUGGAAUCUUUAAGGUUAAACUAUGAAUAUAUGAAG